UUGACAACUUCAAAAUUGGGGUUUGAGUUGUUAAUUUUUUUUUUCCGUUCCAAAAGGAAUUCUGUGGGCUUAUUGAUUUGACUAUGGUAAAAUUUACGUUUUCAUUUUUGGUAGCUUUCGAUUACGAUCCUGACGCGAAAGAAAUUCCGCAGGAGAAGAAGAAAAAGAAGAAGAAGGAUAAACCAAAAAAGAAGGAGAAGAAAAAGCGAAAAGGAAAGGCCGAAGACAAACCUAAACCUGUUAUACCGCCUUAUGUGAUUCAACUUGGGAAAUUAAUUGGCAAUCUUAGUAUCGAGUACGAAUUUUUACCAAAAAGGCCUAAGUUUCAUAUUGAUGUCCUUUGUUGGGGUCCAGUAGCAAAGGUUUUUGCAGCAAAUGAAGAAUUGAUAAUAAAAUGCAUUGUGUUUGAUAAAAAAGCAUGGGUUCCAGUCACCGUUUAUCAUACUGUGCCUCCGCUGGAAGACGUUGAGUUAACAAAAUUACAUCAGCAUAUCAUUAAAUUUAUGUUUUAUACAGCCAAAAAUAAACUUGGAAAAGGAGCAAAGAAAGACAAGUCGAAAGUGUUUUAUCUUAAAGAAGAAGAAAUUUGUAUUAAAGAUAGGUUUUUGCUUGCUUUUGAAGAAAAUCCGAACGUUGAUGUUCCGGUGGAAACGUCUAGCAAACCAUUAGAAUUACCAUCAAAAUCGAAUAUGGACGACGUUAAAAAAGAUGAAGCAAUUGUAUCAAAAUUAGAAUUCUUGAAAGAUUCGGUUCACAAAUUCAAAAUGUACAAGAUCUUACAGAAAGUUCAAAAUGGUAAAGAAAUUAACUCAAAAUCGUUCGCGCCAACGUGCCGUGCUGUUGAGCCUGAAACAUGUGGUGAAAUAACAGAAAAUUUGAGAGCUUUCUUAAAAUUUGCGAAGGGCAAAGGUAAAGGGAAAAAGAAUAAAAAACCCAAAAAACCCAAAAAAAAGAAGAAACCAAAAAAAGGGAAAAAGAAGGGGAAACAACGUCCUACGAGUAUGGAAGUGUUAGUGCCAGGGGAAGUCUUCCUUACAGAACCGUACUACAGCUUAUUUGAACCGAGCAGUCGCGGUAUGAUUCCAUCAGUUUAUCACGUCUUUAUUUUAUUAACGGCGACUCGAGUAAUGACAGAUGUACAAAGAUUUUACAACAAUCCUGUGGUUUUCAAAGUACAUAAGCUGUCUAAUUUAGCAGUUGAAUUGUUGCAGGCUAUCAACAUUACGUCGGUGUAUGUGUACAUGAAUAUUCCGCGUGUUUCACUUUGUAAAACAGCCACCAAGGAAGUAGCGAAUGUGAUCCGAUUUAAUGAAUCCCAUGUUCAUUUCUUGAAGCACCCAUGCCCCUUCGAAUUUAUAGAAAUGCUACGAACACAAGGACUAUUCGUUGAAUUGAGAGGCGUUGUAAAAAAUGACAAACCGAAGGCACAACCUUCUCUGUUUGGUACGAAAACGGACGACUACCUUAUUAGUGAAAAAUCCAAAAUACCAGCACAGAUAUCAGAUGGUGGAGCUGAGCUGGAUUAUAUCGUCUUAGCUGUCGCUUGCUUCGACUUGUACGGACUGUUACAGCAGCCAUGGUGUAUCAAAAUGACUCAACCGUUGCACAACCCCAACAGCUUAAGUGGCGCAAGUUAUUGUACCUUGUUCGCGAAUUACGAGUUUCAAGACACGAUAACCGUUAACGAAGUGAAUUUACGUCAAGUGAAAACAAGAGAAGUCAGCAAUGCCUUGUCUGAAGAAGUCCUAAUAAGUAGGGGAACGUCGUUGAAGAUUUCCGUUACGGCUUUUAUGCCGCAGGCCCCAGUUUUACAGGUUCUGAAUAACAUUCUUUAUAGGCGUCUAGUAAUGGAGAUAUACGAUUUAGAAUUUGCAGCAAUUUUGCUCGUCGACAUCAUUGAACAUAAUCGAUCUGUAUUUCAUGACAAGGGAAUACCUUUUAAUUUUGCACACGCUAAUACCAGACACUACAAACCCAGAGAAGGUGCAAAUGAAUCAAGUAAUGUAGAAGUUGACGAUGCCGUCACAGGAUUUCUACUUGAUAAUGGUGCAACUUGCUUGAUUUAUCUCGAAGGAUCUCAAUUGGGAAUUAUAACUCACUUUUGGCAAAGAGUUAUGACCUGCCCUGCUAAAACCGCUGCGAUAUUUUUCAAUAGUCAAGCUUUAUACCAGCGAAGGGUUUACAGCGAAUUUUUAAAGUAUGGCGGCUUGUAUGUAAUAACGUUGAAGGUACCACUCCAGAAAAUACUCAGUCAAAUAAGAAUACACAUAACUGGGAAUGUGCCGACACCCUGUUGGAAGGCUUUAAAAAAAUUGGAUUUGCUGUUACGUUGUCAAUGGCAGAAAAAGAUAAACGAAUAUGCCUUGUAUCCCACCUCAAAACAAUUAAUUAGUUUGGAUAUGGAAUGGGGGGUCGCUUAUUGUACUAACCGUACUUAUAGAAGUAUUCAUUUAAUGUCAAUGGGUGAACAAGUGUAAUGGUUUGUGAUUACAAUUAUCAAA